AUGGCCUAUCACAUCGUGGGCGAUGACCUUGGUGUCGGUGUAGGGAACCUUGCGCCCGAUUUUGAAGCCCAUACCUCGUCUGGUUUGCUUCAAUAUCAUGAGUGGGUCAAUGAUGCUUGGACGAUUAUUUUCUCCCACCCAGGAACUUCAUUCCCCCUCGAAUUGCUCGAACUUGCUCGUCAAGCCUCUGAAUUCGAAAAACGAAACGUCAAGUUAAUCGGUGUAUCGUCUAGUUGGUUGAGCGAUCAAAGGAGAUGGAAGGCUAGUCAAAUGCGGUAUGGAAUCCAGCCUGGUUCUGUUGACCAGAAAAUUCAAAUCGUUGCGGAUGAUGCUGGGGAAAUAGCAUUCAUGUACGGAAUGGCUCCAAACGAGCAGGAUCCGACCAUCGAACCGAAAAGUCUAUUUGUGGUGGACCCAAAUCGUAUUGUUCGACUGGUUCUCUCUUAUCCUGCGACCUUUCGCAAGAAUUCGGACAAAAUCUUACAGUUCAUAGACAAAUAUUCAGCUCACGCGUCCAUAUCUCGAGGAAACAGCCCCUUCAGUCUAGACGGCAGUCUCAACCGUAGUCGUACCUUCGCGGGCACCGCCACUCCCGAGCUCUCUUCCUCUCCCAAAACUUCUCUCAAAACGAAUGGUCGUACGAGCGAACAGUAUGACAGACCCAAUUCCGAGUAUCUUACCACCACCGAAAACACCGGCUUUGCACCAAGCAGUUUCAGCCGUAGUCGAACCUUCCGAGGUGGUACCCCCGAUUCAUCUUACUCCUCCGAAUCCAAAGGGAAGAACGACAAACCCCAAGAUAAACGAAAUCUCGGAGAUGACAGUUUCGUGCGAACUGCGUCCAACACUAUCUCAUCCCAGUUCGUUGUAGGCGUAUCCGUAACGUCGACGCAUCUCGCCGCGACGGAUUCCACCAUGACUCUAACAGGCGGAAGCAAUUAUGUGCAGAAUGCUCUGAAUGUCCUGGAUUCUCUGAUCGACAUAGGGAAAGUGCUUCCUUACGUCGCACCCGCGUUCAUCCUGUUGAAGGUCAUCAUCGAAAUCGAGAGGAACGCUCAAGAUAACAGCGCGAGAUGUAGAGAUUUGGUGGAGCGCGUUACGUUUAUGCUCUCACAUGUGCCUGCUCUUCGGGCUUUGUGCAAAGAGGGAACAGGAGUCGACCAAGCCACGCGUCAGGUCAUUAAUCGGAUGAACAACGUUCUGAAAGAUUGCACGGCUCUCAUUGAAGCGUAUAGGAAGCAGGGGAUCAUCGCUCGCAGGUUGAGCUUGAAGAACAAGGAGAAGUUUGAAGGUUGUGCACAGGCUCUAGCGGGUGUAACGAACGACCUUUUGAUUUCUCUACAAAUCCAUCAGACUAGCCAGAUGGAGAGGAUGCUGAAUCCUAACCGACUCAUUCUUCCUAAAGAUGAGGGUGAUGAGGAAGCUGAAGCAUUCGUGAACGAGUUUGGGGGUGAAGAAGUUGUCAAGGCGGAUCGAGAGUUGGUUGCGAUGUUUGCGGAGGAUACGAAGGUGUCGGUAGAAGUGAAUGAGGAGGUUAUGACGGAGCUCAAUACCAACCUUUCCGACAUUAUACGCCAGAAUCAUCUCGAGUUGGAGAAAAAGCUGAAUGACAGUGUUAGCGCCACUGUUCUCGACUCCAUCAAAGCGCUUUCUGAACUUGCUGUGGAGAAGGAGAAAGAACGGACGCUUGUCUGCGUUCAAUGCGAUAAGGAGUUUAAGGAGUCGACGAGUGGGCCCGACUCAUGUUCUUUCCACAAGGCAGAAUAUGACUCGUGGAAUAAGUUGUACGCUUGUUGUAGCAGCAAGAACCCCUGCCAAUUUGGUUCACAUCGGUCAAAACACCAUUGUGAAUACCCCUAUGGCGCAUUCUUCACCUUCGCUCGCAACAUCUGUGGUUACACGGACACCAUGGACGUAUGGGUCACAGCUGAAGACACGAAUCUCGAAACGGAUUCUACUCAAUUCACCCAAGUUUCUCAGCUGCUUCGGUGGAAAUCGAAGGGGGCUGUACCCUCGGAACCAACUAUUCUGGUGCGAGUCGGGAAGUUGGAUAUCAAGGAGCCGUAUUUCUUCGGAACCUUCACCGCGAAGGAUUUGGAGGUUCGGAGUCAGGUUGCGGAUAUUACCGGACAAAAUGUUAUUUUCCGGACUGACUCCUCCGAGACGGAAUAUGCAAUGGCUGAAUGGUUGAUGAGCGAAUCCCUUUCUGCCGACGGUAGGAAGUAUAUCACAGGAAUUCGACUCACAGCCAAAGCCGCAACAUCUCUCACUCCGUUCAUUCGCGUUUGUCUGAUAGAUACCCAGACAUGUACGAAAUCUGGAGAGGUGAUGAACAUAUCGGAGGGAGGUUUACGGUCAUUCACUCCGCUCACACCGUACACCCUACCCGAAGGCCGAAAAGUCUCUUCGGAGCUCUACGUGGGACAACUUCGUCCAACACGAAGCGACUUCAAAACCCGAACGACGCCUAACCUGCCUAUAAUCCUGAAAGAACUGUCCGAUCCUCCGCUCUCAGCCAACCCGAGACUCGCCUCGGAAAUUGCUGAUAUUUUCACCGGUGCUAUAUCCGUUUUCAACAAACAUCCUCCAGGAACUCUCAACCCGAUAUCUAUAGCUUCUGUCGACGCGUAUUUCCGUUUUGUUGGAGACGAAAAUUAUACACCCGUCGAGUCUCUCAAGAUCCUCAACGACUCACAGCUUCCUAAGACUAUCGAUCCGAGACAGACGUGGCAGAUGAACUACGAGUUACGGGUUCCUCGGACCGAGGAAGACGUUAAGCUUAAAGUGAACUGGUGGAAUAGAGCUUUCGCGGCACGAAAGAAACCGUUACGGUUGAAAUUCGUUUUCAAGGACAUCGAAGACGAGGAAGCCUCCAUUGUCGUGGAGUAUGUCAUUUCACAUUAUGAGUUGGAGAAACAGAAGCCGGAAGACAUUGCAUUCUUUUACAUUGAUGAUCCAAUUUUCUGGGAGAGACAUCAUGUUCAUGUCGUUCCGCGGCAGGAGAAACGGGAUCGGAAGGACCUGGUAAUGAAGAUUUGUGGGCAGGAAGUUCUGGUGAACGUCCUGAAUAAGGUUGUUCAUUCUGCUCUCAAGUCAGGGGAGACUGAGGUUGCUCUCAACAGGAUUGGUGAGGUGAAGCGUAAAGGGUCAUUGGAUGCUUGGAGUUGGAAAACAUGGGCUUUGGUGGAUACAUCGUGUAGAAGGGUCUACGCUUUCAAGAUAUUGAUAACACAGUGGGUGGAUGAGGAGAAACGGACGGGAUAUGCGUGUUUGGGAUAUGUUCCGUGUCCGGAGUAUGGGGACGUAAUGAGCGAGACUAGGCCCGUUCGUUAUGCGUUGGAGAAGGUUAUGUUUCCGGAUGUGGUGCUUUGCCCGGAGGAAGAAGUCGUUUUGGACGAUAGAGUGGAUGAUUUCGUUCCGGAAACGGCAAAAAUGGCUGCUGGCAGCAAGUCUUCAACUCUCGACAAUAGCGGCGCAUCUCAGGUUCCUAUGGCCUUACCAGAAGAGGUGAAUCAGCGGUUGGCGUCGAUUGAUAAUAACCUGGAGAGGAUAGCCAACGCUUUCGAGCAAUUGUUGGAUAUGAUGAGAUCUCAGCAGUUGCAGGGUAAAAGAAAUGCAUUCUGA